AUGCCAGGUAGUCUCCCACAUCAUCUUAUCAACAUAUAUUUCAACAAUUCAUUCAAUCAAGUCCUUGAGCCCAACACCUUCCCACCAACAGUCAAGACCAUCUCGUUUGGUACCGGUUUCAAUCAAACACUCAAUGGUGUGCUCCCUAUUUCACUUCUACACCUGCUCAUAAACGUUAACAACAUUGACUACAACCAUGAUCUGAUCAAUCUACCAGCUGGACUUCUCGAGCUAGCCCUACCCAAGUCCUUUGUCAACCGAGCCCUCAACUGUCCAUCUUUGGAGCGCCUUGAGGUAUACUCCUACAUUCCCAUCAGCCAUCAAUUCCCAAACCUCCAAGGACUUACAAUCAAUCGAGUUGAUCAGAAUUGUAACUUUGAGGUUGUGACCUCAACUCAAUUUCCAAAGCUUGCAGAACUUUUAAUCAAGGAGGGAGUGGAGAUGGAUCUGGAUAUCUCGCAUCUACCUUGGACAACUCUCAAGAAGGUCAACAUGUUCCAAAGUAUCUUCUUUACAUAUCCAAAGAUCCUGCCUUUCAAGUUCCCUUUGGGCCUGGAGAAGUUAGCAGUAGGAGGAUACGACUUUGUUGCAGCACCACUUGGAAGUCUACCAUCAUCGAUCAACAGUCUCAAACUAUGGGAUGUCAAGAAUAUCAGGCUCGGUGAUAUACCAUCCUCAGUUACCAAGUUGGUGAUUGAGAAAUAUGAUCAGUCAUUCGAUGUCAAGAUGUUGCCUAUAUCACUCUCCAAGUUUGUCAUAUCAACAUUGCCCAAUCAGAUAGAUAUUGUUAGGCAACUACCAGAUACUAUUAGGAAGUUUGAGAUACUUACCCAUUUCAAGUUGAUCAGAGUAUCUAAUCAAUUGUACUUCCGACAGCCACAUGAUGAUGAAGAUCAACUCGGACAAACUCCAUAUGGAUUCCAGACCAAGUCGACCUUAGACUCUAUUAUCCAAUCGAUUGAACCUCCACCCAUUCGAACCGAUAUAUCAACACUGCUAUCCUAG